AUGUUCUUAUUUGUAAAAGACGGAUAUGCAGUCCUAAUCGAGAAUGGAACAUUGACCUGGUCACUGGAUGAGCCACCAUUGUUGAUGGACCUUCACCUAAGAGUUCCAGUCGGGAAGUUGGUUGCAGUUGUUGGCCAAGUCGGUCCCGGAAAAUUCUCUUUGCUUUCUGCUUUCCUUGGUGACAUGGAGAAGGUUUCGGGCCUUGUCAACGUAAUGGGGGAGGUGGCAUACGUCCCUCAGGAAGCAUGGUUUCGCAACGCAACAGUCAAGGAUAACGUGAUAUUUGGGAAGACAUACAAUGAUUCAUUCUACAAGGCGAUUCUGUCACUGGUACAAGAUCUGCCAAUAUUGCCUGCGAGUGACAUGACUGAAACAGGGGAAAAGGGCAUACACCUAAGUGGAGGACAGAAGCAGAGAGUGGAGUGGUCGGUGUACCUGUAUUUCCUGAAGAGCAUGAGCCUGUCAUUGUCUCUAGUCACGAUUCUCUUGCAUGGGAUCAGUCUAGCACUCAUAAUAAAUUCCAACAUCGCCCUAUCCAAAUGGGCCGAGAUGGCCUCCCUGAAUCAUACCAUGGACACAUCACAAAGAAAUUCGUACAUCGCAGCGUACUCCGCUCUUGGAUUAUCGUACGGUGAGCUGCAUGAAGGCUAA